AUGCGAUUACGGCAUGUAAAUCUGCAAACGAUCGUCAAGGGCUCCGAGAGCUACGAGGUGUACUUUAAACGGCGGAUCGCAUCGAUCAUCUCGGCCUACUGUGAGCACCGGGCGAACGAGUGCCCCGGGGUCAGCUUGCGGCUCACCAAGGAGGAGAUGAUGUCCCCCGACGGUGUACUGUACAACAUCGACCCGUCCGAGCCGGUCAUUACGCAGGAAAACGUGAUCAUCGUCCGAGUCGUACCGGAGCCUCGAAACUACACGAGGAUACAGUUUGCGGUAGCGAAACAUGGCGUAUUUUUCAAGCUCAACGACAAGACGCUCAUCGAUCCGGUUAAGAUCAAAUACAUCCUCGGCUCCCAGGUCGGCCCACUUUCACGGAUACUCGGCGGGAUUCGGAUCGACAGCGUCCGGGUCAGCCAUAUCCGCCGGGUGCUGUCGAAGGCAGAUACCGACAACUCGAAGCUGUUGUGGCUGCUCUAUGGGGUUGCCGCAUUUUUCGUGAUUUGCUGGACGAUCGGAGCCAUCAAGAUCUAUAGAAAUCGCGAGGAGAAGAAGCGUCGUGCCCGUGAGAAGAAGGCCAGCGAGGAGAAUGCGAUUGCGCGAAAGCCCGUCAACGAUUAUGGCAGCAUUGCCCCGGAGCAGCGGAGCAGGAGCCACAGCAAGAGCGAGCGGGGGAAGAGCGCCGAGAAAAACCAGAUAAUCAAGCCCAACGGCAGCUGCAAAGACGAGCGACCGGCGGCGAUAAUCGUGGGCGGAUAUACAGAAAUUGACGAGCCUGUAUCAAAAACACCAUCUGGCCCUCGGAUAGACGACCGAGCCGCCCGACAAAUGUUCGCCUGUGAUCCCUCACAACUGCCGAAGGAGAUGUCGUUCGAUGUGUAUGACGAAACCCAGCUGCCAGUCUCGGAUCGAGUGACGCCGGACAGCCGAGGAGCGGACACUGAUGCUCAAUAUAUUAUAGAAGCCCGCGCCCCUAGCUCGGCCGUCACUCCGACAGACGCGUCCGCAGAAUUCUCGCGUAGUCUCACGCCUACGCUUGACGCUGUCACGCAGACGAAUAUGAUGGCACCACCGGUCCCAAUCCUGGUGAUGCAGCCGUCGUCUAAUUCUCUCUUCGAAACCUCACAGCUUCCCGACCACAACCCAGAUGAAAUCCUGGACAUGCGGGAACGAAGGGAGAGCAUGGAGAAGCCGAGCGGCAUCCCGUUGCCUAGCCAUCUAGAAAAAGAAAACAAGCAGAAUGAAGAGGAAUGGUCUUCCAGUGAAGAUGAAGCGGAAAUCUACUACAAAAUGAGCGAAGAUGAGGAAGAGCUGGGAGACGAUUGGAAGCCUCUGGCUUCAAAACCCAAACUCCAAAACGGGAUCCCGGAUGCUGCAGUUACUUCCAACCCUGCUCGUCCUUAUUGGGAUCAGCCUUGGCUCAUCGCCAUCAUCUUCAACAAGGAAUUCCACCAUCGGGUGCUGGGCCAGAAGAUAGAGACGUCAGGCCGCCACGCCGCGUACUCGACGCAAAUGCCGGCUACGCUCAGCUCCUACUGCCUCCUCCUGCCCCGUGAGCCGGUCCACUCCCUGACCAGCAUGAAGCUGGACCUGGACGACUCGGCGUCGACGGUCGCCUCCAACGAGAACCUCGCCCGCGCCGACAACACCAACAAGUUCAACGAUCGCCGCAGGCUGCUUUGGGUGGCCUCCCCGGCCGCUUCCACUUGUCGUGCGACGAACGACAAGGCCAGCGUCACCCAGGCGGGCGACAUCACCCAGGAAGGAUCCGACGAACAGCUCGACGUCACCGCCAAGUCGCAGAACGACAUCAGCGAGGGUCCAACCGCCUACAUCGCCGAUGUGCUGGCCGGCUGCGCGGCCUUGUCGACGUCGUCGUUCAGCACCGGCUUGAGCGGCUACGACAACCACCCGGCUGACCUCUCGCGCACCGCCCUCUCCUACACCGACACCGAGGUCGAGCAUUCCGGGAUGCUGGAGCAGCCCGCGAAGACACGCGUUCCGAUCGGCGGGGAGCACGACAUCAGCAGUAAGGAAUCUGAGGCCCGGCUCGACGUCACGCUCGCCGACGAAGGCAGCAAGAUGGAUCUGGAUAGGAGCGCCCGGACUGGUCGCCUCUUCAGCAAGGCGUCCAUCAACACCAGCCACUCCGACGUCAGCACCCGGGAAUCUCAGGGGCAGCUCGACGUCACCGCCGCCGAUUUUGGCAACAAGUCGAUGUCCAUGUCCGAGCCGACCGUCACGGCCGAGGAGCUGUUCGGGCCCGUCACGCCCAGCGAGUUCGAUGUGUUGCGCACUGGGCCGAUCAGCAGCACCCCGAAGGGCGCCGAGCCGGAAGAGCAGCAGCAGGAGGAAGAGCAGCAGCAGGAGGAAGAGCAGCAGCAGGAGGAAGAGCAGCAACAGCAGCAGCAGGAGCUCGAUUUCGAGGAGGCCGACAUCGGCACGUUCGGCUCGCUGGCCCAGCCCAUUGACUCGCUGGUGCUGAUCAAGCAGCGCCGAAUGUCGAAGAACGACAUGCUCGAGCCGGUCGUGGAAGAGGGCACCCUGGCCAAGUCGGCGGUGUCCUUCUCGGUGUCGUCGGAGAAGCCGGUGCCGCAGAUGAAGUGGGAGGAGGAGGACGACGUCGUCAGCAAGUCGUACGACAGCGAGGAGGAAGAGGAAGAGGAGAAUGAAGAGGAUGACAGCAUUCAUGGCUCCGACUACGACACGGCUUCCGAAGAUCCGGAAGGCAUUCUGCUCGCCCCCUUGUCCUCCACCCCGAAAUCCACCGGCCAGGAGAAGCACCCCGAGUUCGAGACGUUCGACACCAGCGAGCUGCAGAAGAACAACAACGACACGACGCUGUUCAACGACGCAUUCAUCCAGCCGAAAGUUGAUGCCAAGGAGGAGCCUCAGAAGCAGAGCAAGGACAACACCGACGAGUCGCUUCUCAACAAAGCCUUCAUCCAGCCGAAAGCCGACGUCAAGGAGCAGCUGCCGCAGGAGCUGCCCGCCCUCGACGUGAGCGCCAUCCAGCACAACUACAACAACAAGACCUUCACCGGGAACACCGCCAGCAACGAGUCGCUGCUCAACGUCGCCUUCAUGCAGGAGAACUCCGAGGAGGACACCAACAUUGACACCGGCAAGAUGGGCGAGUUCCGCGCUGUGGCCGACGUAGUUUGCACGCCGCCCCGAGACUCCGACACUGAGCUCCCGCUCUACACCGAGCCGCCGCUUUCCCCCAGCUGGUUCCGCGACGCCAUCCUCCACCGCGGUGACGUCACCAACUCUGGCGCUGACGAGCAGGAGUCGCUGACGACCCUGUUCCAGGGCAUCAAGCUGAACACGUCGGGCACGACGCCCGCCCCGCCUCCGACUCCGACGCGGGUUCGUGUCCCCGAUUGGGAACGGCUGAAGGACUCGCCGCUGCUCAGCCGCGUGCGCGCCCGCUCCUCCUUCAACUUCCCGCCGCCCCAGCUCGAGCCGUCGCGCGACUCCAUGGAGUGGGACGCCGCCCCGCUGCCCAGUGACGUGCCGGUGACGAAGGUCGACGUGGUCAGCCCUGCCGUCAGCCCGGCCGUCGCCGAGCUAGCCGCCGACAUCGACUUCGAGAAGGUCAACACUCCGAAUGUGACGCUGCGCCAUCGUCGCCACUCCGACUGC